AGAGAUGGGCACGAUCCGUCUUCGGCGUCCCCAGCUCUUUCCCGAACAGUACCCCCAAUACCUUCGGUCUCCUGCUCUCCAAUCGUCGCCGUGGUUAAAUCUCUCCUUCGCCGGCGUCUUCCGUGGUCAUCAUUGAGUCAUUUCAGUGUAUUAUAGGAAGCUUGGAAGUUCUAAAUUACAAAGGAGCAAAUUGGCAACUUGAGAAGCAUUGUGCAGAUCGCAAUCAACUCGAGGACAAUGGACUUGCGAGAAGCAAUCAGUAAUCAAACGGAUGUCUCAUUGAGCUUUGCAAAGCAUCUAUUGUUGAAGGGAGACGAGAACAAUAACUUGGUGCUUUCACCCUUGUCCAUCCACGUGGUGCUUAGCCUCAUUGCUGCUGGUUCCAAGGGUUCCACACUUGAUCAACUUCUCUCCUUCCUCAAGUGUAACUCCACAGAUCAUCUCAACUCCUUUGCCUCUCAGCUCAUCGCCGUUGUCUUCGCUGAUGGUAGUCUCAGUGGUGGCCCCUGCUUGUGUUUUGCUAAUGGUCUCUGGCUCGAUCAAUCUCUUUCUCUCAAGCCUUCUUUCAAACAGAUUGUUGACUCUGAUUAUAAAGCUGCUUUGUCUCAAGCGGACUUCCAAACCAAGGCUGUUCAAGUGACCCAAGAAAUUAAUGCUUGGGCAGAAAAGGAGACGAGUGGCCUUAUUAAAGAGGUUCUUCCUAUGGGAUCUCUUGACAACUCUACCAGACUCGUUUUCGCUAAUGCAUUAUACUUUAAAGGAGCCUGGAAUGAUAAGUUUGAUGCAUCAGCAACCAAAGAAUAUGACUUUCACCUUGGGAGCGGGGGCUUAGUGAAGGCUCCCUUCAUGACCAGCAAGAAAAAACAGUUUAUUAGAGCAUGUGAUGGGUUCAAAGUCCUUGGUCUUCCUUACAAGCAAGGUGAAGAUAAACGUCGUUUCACCAUGUAUUUCCUUCUUCCAGAUGCAAAUGACGGGCUGCCAGCUUUGAUUGAGAAGUUGGGUUCACAAUCUGGGUUCUUGGAACGUCAUAUUCCUCAAACCCAAGAGGAAGUGGGUGACUUUAGGAUCCCAAAAUUUAAGAUUUCUUAUGGGGUUGAAAUAUCCAACGCGCUGAAGGAACUGGGGGUGGUAACAUUGCCUUUCUCUGGGGGAGAAUUGACAGAAAUGGUGGAUUCUUUAGUUGGUCAGAACUUGCAUGUUUCCAGCAUAUUCCAUAAGGCUUUCAUUGAAGUCAACGAAGAAGGCACUGAAGCUGCUGCAGCUAGUGCUGCUGUAAUAAAAUUGAGGGGCUUGCCAUCUAAGAUAGACUUUGUAGCAGACCACCCUUUCCUCUUUGUUGUUAGAGAAGAUAUGACUGGAACGCUGCUGUUUGUUGGAAAGGUGCUCCAUCCUCUUGCUGGCUGAAUUGGGUUGACAUGUUGUUUAUGUUGUCUAAGCAAAUUAUCUCCUGUGUAAUCUGAGAGACCACCUAUGCUUUGUACUUGUACUAAAUAGGUGUAAACUUUAAUGGGUGCAUAUGAGAAAAGUGCAGCGAGGAAAAAAAAAAAAAGUUUGAGAUUAACCAUAUUUAUUAUAUUAAAAAUGAUUUGCUGUAUUGAAUAGUAUGAUUUAAUUGAAGGAUGCCAUUUGAAAACUA